UUGGUUAUUUUAAUUGAUUGAAAAGUCAAAUCAGCGGUUGCGGUUUUACAAAUUUUGCUCUCAAAAAUUAAUUAUAUUUAUACAUUAGUUAAUUGGGCUACAAACAUAUUAAUUACCUGUUUGUUUUCUAAUUACCCGAGUAAUUAUUAAUAAAACAGUUGCUACGUUAGUCGUCCUAAGUCUUAAAGAACUGCAAACAAAAUGGAAGAUGCAAUUCAGGAACUUCAGGUGAAGAAAUUGAAGAGGCUUUUGGAGGGCUGGCGGAUGGCACUCUUGCCUCUGAAGUCUGUGUUCCUGUGGGAACAACAAUGGCACCCUUGUGCUAUAGUUGCCUCUGUGACAGUGUUGUUUCUGUCUAUAUGGCUUAUGGAUCUCAGCACUUUAGCAUCUUUUGCAGUUGUUGGAUUGAUAUUGAACUUUGUUGACUUCAUCAUACCAAUUAUAUGCAGCACAGUGUAUGGGCCGACUGGCUGGACUGGACAGAAAGAGAAGAUGUAUGAGGAUAUAUGCCGGAGCAUUGUCUUGAACUAUAAUAAGACACUGGUCCAAGUAAAGUCAUUUUGGUCUUUGAGACAGAAUAGCCCUUCUAUGUACUACAUAAUAUCUCUGAGCAUGCUGUGUGUUCUCGCCUGGAUGGCUUCUACUAUCAACAAUGUAUUUUUACUUUACAUAUUUUCUACUGUUGUGUUGCUGUGGCCGGGUAUCAGACAACAUGGUAUAUUUAACACUGUUACAUCCUUAAUUUAUAAAGUCCCAAAAAUUUCUUCAAAAACAGAAUAAUAAUAUUUUUUUGAGACUGUAGAGUAUUUAAAACUAGCUUUUUCACUUUGAAGAAUUUGUACCCCAUGAUCUCUAAUGUAUGUUAUGAUAUAUAACAUUUUAUAUUUUGCACAUGGUUGGGGAUGUUUCAUUACAUAAAAGUUCAAUGUUAGUUAUGUAAUUUCAUCUUAACGGAAUGUUUAUUGUCAUAUUUUUCGCACAUUCCAAUCAUAGUGUAUAGGAUUGCAAUAAUAGAUAUGCUUAAUGAGUUACCUACUUGAGGCACAAGUAAAUGGCGUAAAAAAAGGCGUUUAAAUGAACUAUAAAUUAUGCUUAUGUAGGCAGUCUUUUUAUGUGCAGAUGUUGUAUACUAUCAUAAUAUGAUAUAAAGAGUAUAAUAUACUCUUUAUAUCUUAGUUAGCAAUUUAGGAUGAUUAUGGUAUUAUAUUUACUCUGAGGUGUCAUAUCUGAAACAUUUAAGACUCAAAAACAAAAAAGUUACGUCUUAGUUUUAUUUCAACAUAUUUGUAUUGCUAAGGAGUUUCAAUUUAUUGUAGUAUAGUGAUUGUUAAAAAUGUCAGAGAAAAACAAGGCAACUGGGACCACUAGUGUAUACAUAGCCUGAUGCUGUGAAUGCAAUACAGAAAAAACAAUUGUUUUUCCUGGAAAUUACAAAUUAUUCCUUCUAUUUUUAAAAUGUAUAAAGGGCUCAAAACAUGCCCUUAAAUUAUGUGAUAUCUGCACAUAGGAAAGACCUUGUUCUUAAGGAAAUGUAUUGUUUGGUAUUCAAAAACAUUAUUAUUAUUAUUAUUGACUGAUAGUCCCGCCUGUGUGGCAGCCAUUUUUAUUGAUCAGUCAGGAUACUGUUAAAAAUUUACCAUAAAGCCAAAUGAUCACUCAUCCCAAUUUGUUACCACAUUACAUCAAGGUGUGUUCCACCAGUUAGAAUAUUUAUUGAAAGACAUUUAUUUGUGUACCUACACUAAGAAUUGAUGGUAAAACAAUCGUUUUAAAAUAUCUAUUUAAGGUGAAUUUUCAAUAGUAGCUGUGACUAGAAACGUCAAAGUUAUAUUGUCGACCAUAAUAUAGUACAACCGGUUUUAAGAAUUUUAAAAUGUAUCCAUAGUUGUAUAAUAUUGUGAUGUUUGCGGUCUGGUCAUUGUUUUAAGUUUAAUAAUUUAGCUUAUUCAUUGUGAGCUUUAAAGUAUAUUGGGUUAAAUUAAAAAUAAAUUUAG